CGCUCCACUGUGCGUGGUUGUGUGUAUGUGUGUGUGUGUGUGAUCUGCCUCCUUUCGUGUUGAUGUCGACUCGUUGCGACCGACUGACACGGUGAACCGACGGGGAUAAAGAAAGAAAACAAAAACACCCCCGCGGUGAACUGACGCCGCACGCCGUCCUGUCAAAGUCCGAGCCUCCAUCGGGGUCGAAACGAUGAGCCUGCCUCGGCCGGACGAGUUCAAGCCUCCUCCGGAGUGCCCGGUCUUCGAGCCUAGCUGGGAAGAAUUUCGAGAUCCCUAUGCUUUUAUCAAUAAGAUCCGUCCCAUCGCGGAGAAAACGGGGAUUUGCAAAGUCCGACCACCUCCGGACUGGCAGCCUCCAUUUGCCUGCGAUGUUGACAAGCUUCACUUUGUUCCUCGGAUCCAGAGGCUCAAUGAACUGGAGGCACAGACCAGAGUCAAGCUCAAUUUUUUGGAUCAGAUUGCCAAAUUUUGGGAUUUACAGGGAUGCACUCUGAAGAUUCCUCACGUGGAGAGAAAGAUUUUGGACCUAUAUAAGCUAAAUAAGCUGGUAGCAGACGAGGGUGGAUUUGACAUCGUCUGUCAGGAAAGGCGAUGGACCAGGAUUGCGCUACAGAUGGGCUUCACCCCCGGCAAAGCUGUCGGCUCGCACCUGCGAGGGCAUUACGAGAGAAUCCUUUACCCCUACAACCUGUUUCAGAGUGGGACCAACCUGCUGGCACCAGAUCCAGCUUCCAAACAGUUGGGUUUGGAGGCUGAUCCUGAACUUGAAAAGUGCGUUCAGAAGCUUGUCCAGCCCCCGGAGAGCCCAGAAAUCAAGGAACAUAAGGUGCAGGACCUGGUUCAGGUUCCGAGGCAGCCGGCUCCAGCGCCUGACUCUAGUCCCGGUGCUCGCCGAGCCAAGCGCAUGAAGUGUGAGACUAUCUGUGUGAAGACUGAACCAGGUGAGGUGGGUGAGAGCAGGCCGAACCUGAGGCGGAGGAUGGGCUCUUUUGUUGCCAAACCAGAACCAGAAAAACUGAUUCCCAUUCCAGUGAAACAGGAGCCGGUGGAGUUUAAGGAACCAAUAACUGAAGUUGACAAAUUUAAGUCACGGUACAAGAAGAUGAUGAUUCCUCCUGUUCCCCCAAGUCCAUGGAUCUGGUUGUGUGUCUGGUGUGCGGCAGUGGGGGAGAUGAAGACCGUCUGUUGCUGUGUGACGGCUGCGAUGACAGCUACCACACCUUCUGUCUGAUACCCCCUCUCCACGACGUCCCUAGAGGAGACUGGAGGUGCCCCAAGUGUCUGGCUCAGGAAUGCUGCAAACCUCACGAGGCGUUCGGGUUUGAACAAGCACACAGGGACUACUCGUUACGUGCGUUUGGGCAAAUGGCAGACGCCUUCAAAUCAGAUUACUUCAACAUGCCGGUUCAUAUGGUACCCAUGGAGCUAGUGGAGAAAGAGUUUUGGCGUUUGGUUGGAGCCAUUGAGGAAGAUGUUACUGUAGAAUAUGGAGCUGAUAUCGCAUCGAAGGAGUUUGGGAGCGGAUUCCCCAUUCCCAACGGGAAAUUUAAGGUUUCCCCAGCAGAUGAGAAAUACCUCAAAUGUGGCUGGAACCUGAACAACCUGGCGUUGAUGAACACGUCGGUUCUGACUCACGUAACAGCUGACAUCUGUGGGAUGACGCUGCCGUGGCUUUAUGUUGGCAUGUGCUUCUCCUCCUUCUGCUGGCACAUUGAGGAUCACUGGAGCUACUCCAUCAACUACCUGCACUGGGGAGAACCUAAAACCUGGUACGGAGCUCCUGGUUUUGCAGCAGAGCAGCUGGAGGAGGUGAUGAAGAAACUGGCCCCGGAGCUGUUUGAGUCUCAGCCUGACUUGCUGCACCAGCUGGUCACCAUCAUGAACCCAAACACUUUAAUGGCUCACGGAGUUCCUAUUUACAGAACCAACCAGUGUGCUGGAGAGUUUGUCAUCACAUUUCCCAGAGCUUAUCACAGCGGAUUCAACCAGGGCUUUAACUUUGCUGAGGCAGUCAACUUCUGCACCGUCGACUGGAUGCCUCUUGGCAGACAGUGUGUGGACCACUACCGUCUGCUGCACCGGUACAACGUGUUCUCCCACGAUGAGAUGGUGUGCAACAUGGCCAGAAAAGCAGAYGCACUCAGUGUGGUCCUGGCCUCAGCUGUCCACAAAGACAUGGUCCUCAUGAUCAAGGAGGAGCAAGAGCUGAGGGACAAAAUAAAGAAACUGGGCGUGUUGCAUUCUCAGGAGGCAAAAUACGAUCACCUUCAGGACGACGAGCGACAGUGUGCCAAGUGCAGGACCACGUGCUACCUUUCUGCCGUCACCUGUUCCUGUAGCCCAGGAGUCCUGGUCUGUCUGUACCACAUCGGUGACCUCUGCCCCUGCUCCCUCUCCAACUACACACUGAAUUACAGGUACACGAUGGACGACCUGUUCCCAAUGAUGAACGCCGUGAAGCAGAGAGCGGAGCUGUACGAUGAAUGGGCUUCCCGCGUCACAGAGACUCUGGAGGCUAAACUGGAAAAGAAGAAAGGCCUGCCUGUCUUUCGCUCUCUUCUCACUGAGUCAGAGUCCAGGCUGUUCCCUGACAACGACCUGCUGCGGCGGCUGCGUCUGGUCACACAGGAYGCAGAGAAGUGCGCCUCGGUGGCGCAGCAGCUGCUCAACGGCAAGAAGCAGACCAGGUAUCGAUGUGGGACUGGGAAGUCCCGCAGCCAGCUGACUGUGGAGGAGCUCAGCUCGUUCGUGAGGCAGCUGUAUAACCUSUCCUGCAGCCUCCCGCAGGCGCCCAUGCUGAAGGAACUCUUGAAUCGUAUCGAGGACUUCCAGCAGCACAGUGAGAAGGUCCUGGCAGAUGAAGCUCCCAGYGUGGCAGAGAUCCAGAGCCUGUUGGAUGUCAGUUUUGACUUUGACGUGGACCUGCCGGAGCUGCCACAGCUCAGAGAGAGACUGGAACAAGCACGGUGGCUGGAGGGGGUGCAGCAGGCCAGCRCCCAGCCCGCCACCCUCACUCUAGAGGCCAUGAGGAGGCUCAUCGACCAGGGAGUGGGUUUGGCACCUCAUCCGUCUGUGGAAAGAGCCAUGGCACGCCUUCAGGAGCAGCUCACUUUGUCUGAGCACUGGGAGGACAAGGCCAGCAGCCUGCUGAAGGCCAGACCGCCACACUCCAUAGAGACUCUUAACGCUGCAGCUGAGAAGGCAUCAGGAAUACCUGCUUACCUCCCAAACUGUCUGCUCCUCAAAGACACCAUCAGAAAAGCCCAGGAGUGGCUCCAGGAAGCCGAGGAGCUUCAGGUCAGCGGCUGUGUUUUGAUGGCGGACAGCCUCUCUGACAUGGUCCUACGAGGACAAGCCAUUCAGGUCCAGCUGGAGCCUCUAGAAAGACUAGAGUCCUUAAUGGCAGAGGUGCAGCAAUGGAAAGAGUCUGCAGCAGCAAUUUUCCUUCAAAAAGAUUCAACGCUUACACUACUAGAGGUCCUGUGUCCAAGAUUUGAAGCUAGAAACGUUGGUUCUCCAAAGAGGAAGGCCAAGAAAGGGAAAGAAUCACCUAAAAACAACAAAAAGAAACCCAUACGGAUUAACACUUUGAGUGACGUGGAGAAAACUCUUUCAGAGACCAAGGACUCUACCUCUGCAAUGGCGGCUCUGGAAGAGCUGCAUGUGAGGGAGAUGGAGAUGUUUUCUGGUCUCAGGGCAGCAAAUGAGUCAAAGCUCCUUCCCACCGCAGACUGCAUGGACCUGAAGGUGUGUUUCUGCCAGAAAGCACCCAUGGGUGCGAUGCUGCAGUGUGAACUCUGCCGGGACGCUUUCCACAGCGUGUGCGUCAGAGACCCGUCAGACUCGUGUGAAACCCAGCCGUGGCUCUGUCCACACUGCCAGCGCUCAGAAAAGCCCCCGCUCAGCAAAGUCCUCUCUCUGCUAGCAUCUCUCCAAAGUAUCAAUGUGCGCCUGCCAGAGGGCGACGCCCUGAACUAUCUCGUAGAGAGGACACUUAACUGGCAGCACCGAGCGCAGCAGGUCUCACAGACGUGUAACUUUAUAGAGCUGGAGGAGCGACCGGGGACCCCUCCAACGCUAACACACUGGGUGUCCAGCUGCGACAACACUCACAACAACUCUCAGGCUCCUUGUUUGACUCCAGAGUGGAAUAGGACGAGCCACGCUCAGACCGUCUUCUACACCGAGCAGAGAUGCAUCCCACUACAGGGUUUGAGCUGUGAGCUGGAGGAGCUGAUGGUGGAGGGCCUCCUGCUGCAGGUGUGUCUGCCGCAGGUCCAAAACCUCCACCACAUUUUGCUGGACAGGGCCAGCAGCCAGAACACAAACACGUCCAUGUCGCCACCGCGGGAGGAGGCGACAGAGCGCGACACACACGUGCAGUUUAUCUCUCAGGGAACAAACACACCACUGGACCAGGAUGGCACCAUCAAAACGAGGGACACCUUGACUGCCUCAGAACGCAAAGCGAAGAGGCGUCUGGAGAGGGAAGGUUUGGACGCAGGGCGCCGGGGGAAGGACAAAAAGCACUCGAAUAAGAGACAAAAGAUAAAUAAAAAGACGCUGCAGCGCCGGCCGGCUUCCACCUCGUCCUCCCCACGCUCCGACUUCUCCCAGUCCGACGACUCCGACGAGGAGAUGGCCGUGUGUCCGGCCGAGAGCUGCCAGCUGCCAGAGGGAGACGAGGUGGAUUGGGUCCAGUGCGACGGCAGCUGCAACCAGUGGUUCCACCAGGUGUGCGUCGGCGUCACACCRGAGAUGGCGGAGAAGGAGGACUACAUUUGCGUCAGGUGCACGUUGAAUGACGGCCACGCCAGAAAAUGAAGAGCGAUCUACGGUUCCCGGGUGUCAUCGGUCUGUUACUGCAGCCUCAAAUCCAGAUGUGUCACUGAUCCCCCACCCCACCCCACCCGGUCCUGAUCUGUCCAAACCCUUUUGUAACAAUGGUGCUAUCUCCUCUUUGACUUGUUGUCCAGAACUAUGAUGUUUAAUUUGUUUGGGUUUUAUUUUGUAUUUUUACAUAUAUAUUAUAUAUAUUUCUUUCUUGUUAUGAAUUGUUUGUGGUUGUCUGAAUGAAAAAAGAAAAAAACAAAAAAACCAGGCCAUGAACGUGCUGCAUGGGACUACGUUUCAUCAGCACAAAGGAGUCUUACACCAAGACCCCCCCACACGCAGGGAGUUAAUUAAGCCUGAAAUUUAUCUACUUUAAAGACAUUUUUGCAUGUUUAACCAGAAUAUGAAGACAGAAGUCGAGGUUAUCACCCAUUUUUAGUCCCCUCAAAAGUAACUGACAUUUUUUUUCUUUGGAAUCCAGUGUUUAGAAUAUGAAUCUUAUUAUAAUUAUUCCCCCUUUAUUGUUUUUUUUCCUUUUUAUUUUGUAAAAUAGGUUUAUUUAUCUGAGCAAUAAUUUUUUGUCUGAACUGACUUUUAUGGCUUGAUCUCCUUGAAGUUGUGUUUUAGCGGUGGUGUGAUGUACAGAAAGUUACGAUGGGUUGCAGCUGUGGAUGCGCGGCGCAGCGGGCUGAAGGAAAACAAAACGCCACGCUGCAGACACGCAGAUCCACAGAGUGCAACCCUGCAGAGGAAACGUGGAAAGGACACGAGAAAAGUGAAGAUGUUACAAGUUUUUAUUGUGGAAUAAAAAACCCUUUUCUUCCA